AUUAUACAUUUCAGGAGCACUGGCAUAAGCGCGCAUCCCUUUUAACACCUGUAAAAUUUAUUAUUUUCCAGGAAAAGAUGCCUCAAUUUAAAUUUUAGCUUUGUCGUUACUUACUUUUUGGGAUUAAAUUCUACAGGCCUCUACUUAAUUAUAAUAAUGGCAGUACAUCAACGCAAGCCUGGAAAUAAAAAGAAAAACUCUGAUGUCAAAGAGUCUAUUAAAGAUAACAAUAAACAAAAAAGGAAUACUAUUGCAGAUGAAAACAAUGAGAGCUUUUCAUCCAAAAUACCAUGGAGAAAAGUUGCGACACGUUUCUUACUGUCAUUGAUGAUGAUAGUUGCUGUUUAUUGGACUUCUAAGAAAGAGAAUUAUCAUGUCUUUGCCAGUCAGAAAGACAAAUUGCAGCUAACUACUGCUGAAGUUUCCUGCUCUGCCUCAUAUAAAAAGGACAUAUCAAGGUUCAAAGACUGCAUUCCUAAGCAUUGUGGAAGAUUGGUUACAGACAUUGUUGUAUCACCUGAAGAGGCUGCACAUCUUUUAAGGCUCAGUAAGAAAGGCUUAGCAUUUGGAGGUUCAUCUGGAGGAGCAUCUAUUCUUGAUUUACAUUCUGGUGCCUUAUCGUAUGACAGUUCUUUUAUUAAUGUUUAUGAAAAGCUAAAAGCACAUGGUAAAAACAAUGUCUUCACUCAAGAUGAUUUCAAGGUUUACAGCAAUGUACGCAAUAAAAUUCAACAAAUUAUAGCUUAUAAUUUUGGAAUUCCUGUUACCAAGAUAUACUUAACACAUCCAACAUUUUUUUCUGAGAUGACUACAAGGACUGCCAAAACUAAACAUGAUGAGUAUUGGCAUGUCCAUGUUGACAAAGAAACAUAUCCAUCAUUCCAUUACACAUCAUUAUUAUACUUAAAUGAUUACGGAAUAGACUUUUCUGGUGGUCGUUUCAUUUUUGUCAAUGAUGGCAAAAAUAUGACAGUGGAACCACGUAUUGGACGUGUAUCAGCAUUCACAUCAGGAGCAGAAAACCCCCAUUAUGUUGAGCGAGUGAGUAGUGGGACACGAUAUGCGCUGACUGUAUCUUUUACAUGUGAUCCAAAAUUAGCAAUAGCUGAUCCAACGAUUAUGAAAUUCCAAUAAAUGUUUGGUGUUAUGUUUAUAAAAUUUAUUAAUAAACAUACUUAUUUUUUUUA